UGUGGUGUUGCCAGGAGACCAGGCAUUGCCAGUUCGAAAGCAAAGGUUGGAAUUAGCUCUUUGUAUCCACUGCUGCUGACUGGCACAGCAAGAAUGGCAUAGCUACAUCAAACCGUAUGAGCAGUUAAAUGAAUUGCCAACCUUUUUAAGGUACCUACCAGGCACAUUCUUGCUAUAACCCAUCUUUGGCAUGGUUCUAACUUCCAGUUAACAGGGAAAUUGCUUAGAAGGAUGCAAUGAGCAACCAGAGAACUGUGCCAGACAGGAGGGAGCCCAGUGCCCUUACUGCUACCAGGGAUAUGGAAGAUGGAUCUGAAGGGGCAAGACAUGUCACUGAAUCCAUUGAAAACAGACUAAGCAUAAAGGAUUUUGGUCAGAUUCAGAGACUAUUUCAGUCUCCAGAGUUAAAUCAAUCAGAAUGUAUGAGCAGAGAAGAAUUCAUGGAGAGAACAUACGCAGCUGUGGGGCAUGGCAUCAAAGAAGAAUAUGGGGAAUUAUUUGAUAAGAUAGAUGUGAGUCGUGAGGGUUUCAUUGACUGGGACAAAUUAACAUCCUUUAUGCUGCUUGAGCUUAAUGAGAAAGACGAACGAGUGAAAUCAUCAGUAAUCCCCCAAUGGAAGGAUAUCCGCAGCUUCCCAUUAAUUCACACGGAAAACAUCCAAAAAAUUGUUUACUUGAAAGGUUUGGGUCGUUACGUAACUUUAAGCAAAGAUGGAUUACUCGGAGUCUGGGGAGAAAAUUUAAAAUUACAAAGAAGCCUACAGAUCUGCACGGAUACAGUGAAGUUAAAAGAUUUAUGGGCAACAAGUUUGGUGUUCCUGGCCAAUGUAAACAAGAUUGCUGUCUCAUUUACCAGUAAAGAAAUUUGCUUUUAUGACCUCAACUCAAAGCAAGAUUUAUUUUGUCAGUACAAGCUUCAUGGCUUGCCAGGGACUCCAAUAUGCAUGGAUUACUGGUAUAACCCUGAUGAUGGCAAUGAUGCAGUUCUUACCUUUGGGGAUGUCAAUGGACAGGUCCAGGCCGUCUGUUUUACAACAGCGAUGAUCUCCUUGUUUGAAAGGCCUGCUAAUUCUACAGAGGACCAGCAAACCACUCUUUACAUUACCUGGAAUGAGUUGAUUUCUGGUUACCACAAAUCCUGUUUCAUUGCAAAGCACAAACUCCAUGGAAACAACUGGGUACGCCAAGUUACUUACAGCUCUCAUUUAGAAGCUUUUCUGUCUUGUACUACAAGUGACAAUAACACCGUGAUAUUGGCCUGGAGAGAGAAAGGCAAAACUCAUUUGAGGGCAACAUCUCUGAACAUCGCUAAGGGAAUCAAUGGCUUUGACUACCAUGCAGGACUCAAUAUGAUUGCUACUGCUGGCAUUGACAACAAGAUAUGUCUCUGGAAUCCAUAUGUUAUAUCCAAACCCACUGGAAUUCUACAGGGCAAUAUGGCCAGUGUGAUUACAGUUCAGUUCUUCACUGGUCGAAAGCAGCUUUUCAGUUUUUCAAAAGAUAAGGUCCUAAGAAUAUGGGACGUUCACCACCAAGUGUGCAUUCAGCGUGUUGCUGGGAUUUUCCCAAAAUCUCUUGAGUUCCAUUUCACCCUUUAUUUCUGUGAACCUCAUGGCCGCCUGUUUGUUUCAUUCAACAAUCAACUGAAGCUUCUGGAAAUGAAGAAGGAAUCUGGCAGCAAAAUCACAAGCCAUGAAAAGCCAAUAACCUGCGUGCUUUACAACAGUACCUUUAAACAGGUAAUCAGCUCUGAUACAGGAUCGACAAUUACCUUCUGGAUGAUUGACACAGGUCAAAAAAUCAAGCAGUUUUCAGGGUGCCACGGCACGUCAGAGAUUAGCACAAUGGCACUUGAUGUGAGUGAGACACGGCUUUUAACUGGAAGCACAGAUGGAACAGUAAAGAUUUGGGAUUUCAACGGCCACUGUCAUCAUAAACUAAACGCCGGGAGAGACCAAGCUGCUGAAAUUUCUCAGAUAUUAGUACUGAAAAGAACUAUCCUAGUUGUGGGAUGGGAAAGAAUUAUUACUGUUUUCCGUUUCAACUUGUUAACGCAGUACCUUAUCCAGCCUUCAGAAUGGAAAGGAGGAGUACAGCACCAUGAUGAUAUUUUAUGUGCAGCAUUUUAUCUCCCACAAAGUUUAGUCACAGGGAGUUAUGAUGGUCAGAUAGUCAUAUGGAACAACAAUACAGAAAAUGCUUCCAGAAAAUUACACCCUGAUCCUGAAAGAUUAAAGUCAAGAUCAGACUCUCAGGUACGGAGUGCUGGAAGAAGAAGCCUUUCUUCACUGUCCUCUGGAAAACACUCCCGCUCAGCAAGCAGCAUCCAUAACGCAAACUCUGACAGCAAUAACAGUGUAACAAGAUUGUUCUUCCUUGGGGCGAGGAAAAACACAUCAGCAACAGGUGGAUCCAUACUGGUGUCAUGUGGAGGAUCAGGAUACGUCAGAUUCUGGAAUAUAUUUAGAAACCACUUAAUGGCAGAAUUUGUAGCUCAUGAAGGAGCCGGCUCCAUCAUUAUGACUGUCGAUAAAACAAAUCAGUACAUCAUUACUGGAGAUCUAGAUGGAUGGCUAAAAGUAUGGGAUAUACAGGAUUACUGCAUUGAUUACAGUGAAAAAAAGACAACAGACCCACCUCAGUUAGUGAAGUCCUUCCAGCCUCACAGUGACUGCGUCACCCAUCUGGAGACAUGUGCAUACAGCCAAUCCUUACUGAUCCUAUCUGCCUCUGCAGACUGCACUAUACAUGUCAGUGAUGUUUUUGGAACUCCAGUUGGAAUAUUUGGCCAGGAAGAACACUGGAGCAUAGAGAAGUGCUUGCAUGAAAAUGAGAGGAACCAUGUGUCUGAAAAUUCAGAAGGAGAUACAAGUCACACUAACAACAAAGAAUCAGUAACUUCGACAACAUAUUGUGAUGAGACAACAGAGCUUGGUGACACUCUCUCUAGCAGCCUGCUCACAGAAGAUAAAGAGGAGCUACCCUUCAAGAUUAGCCCAUGGGAAAACACAAUUCUGGGUAAAAAAUACAAAGACUUCGGAACAAAAGAAAAGUUGCACUCAAAUAGACGAGAGGACUCAGUUCAAACUUCAGUUGGGACCUUCAUGUUGCUAAAUAUUGAGCCUUUGCUGGAUGUUGCUGAUGUGACAAAGCCUGAUUUUGUUAUUAACCCUGAGAAAUAUUUUGAGGACAAAACAGAUGAAAAAUCUACAAAGGAAUUUACUACCCCUCCCCUCUCAGACACACUGAAAUCUGUAUUUGAUGAGGGAAGUCUCUUCCCGAGAGAGAUUCUGGAACGUGAACUACAAGCAAAACAACUGAAUGCGAAGUUGCACCUCCAUGACAGGAUGAAAAGAGACAGAAAGGUGCAGAAGCAGAAGAAAAGCAAAUGAGAACUGUGUUGGGAACAGCUGAAAUCUUACAUGAAGGAAUGGAUAGUUUCUUACAAUGCUUGCAUGAUCUUCGGUAUUUGUGGUAAAUGCCCAAGUCCAGUUCUUGUACAAAAAUAAUUCUUAUUCACUGAGGAUACCUUUAGAUUGUAAGCUCUUGUCAGUAGGGCCCUCUAAUUCUAUUUUUACUCCAAAACCCCUGUUUGUUAAAUUAUUGUAAGACCCCUGUUCGUUUUAAACAAAUGUAAAGUACCUGAGUAACUUGUUGGCGCUAUAUUAAUACAUCAUGAGGAAAUAAAAAUAUAUCACACUA